CAAUGUGAAGCUCCUGGGGACAGCAAAGAGGAUUAGAAUGAGGGCGGAAGAGAGAAAGAAACAUUGUGCGCAUGCGUCGUCAAGCUCAAUGUCAGGCUUCUUCUUUUUAAAGGUCAGAGCUUGUUGCUCCAAUAGUGCACUUUUUUUGGUCUGAAUUGGGUUUGAAGUUGAAAGCUCUUUUCUGUGUGUGUGAAGAGGAAAAAAAAAUAACCUGCUUAGUUUGUAAGUUAGUGGGGGCAUUUAAUUUCAACAGUUCGGAUAGCUUGAUGAUUUUUUUUUAUCAGUGACUUUUGACACGUGCUGUUUUGUCCUGGUUGUGAGCUUGAUUUCACAUGCAAUUGGGGGUGGGGUGGGGAAGGUAUCUUGUCAUUUGUGCAUGGUACCUCCGUGUUUAGUUGAGCAUUCUUUACCUGCAGCUUAUAAAAGAGGUCAAUUUGCUCUCCUUGAUUUCUCAAAGCCUCCUAAAUUUGCUGCUUCAAAGGGUGCCUGUAAACAGCUUUUCAAGCAGCGUGGUGUCUUCCAGUUUGCAAAACAAGGUCAGUUCAAGGAAGCUGAGCAAAGGAAGAUGGAUAUGCCUGUGUUGCCAUUUCUUAACUGUUAAGCUUUGGACUCUCCCAGAAUGCUGAGUAUGACCCGGUUAGCCCUGGGGACCAGGGUUAUAGAGUUGUCUUUGCGCGGCAAGGCCUCCCUUGCUGCCACAAUGGGGAAAUAUCGGAGGAUGUGGAAACCAACAGAACCGCAGAACUGGGCAGUGGAUUAUCAGGAGAAAUACAUCCCAUUUUCCAAGAACCAACUGGUUGAUGCCCUAGUAAAGGAGUUCCACUCUUCUAAUCACGAAGAACGCAUCUCAUUUUUGCAGUUUGUGUCUCAAGUGGACUCGUCCCUUGUACACCAUUACUACUCUGUCCUGGAGCAGUUAAAGACACUCUAUACACCUAUUAAUCCUGACCGGGACACACUGCAGGAGUUCUGUUUGACAGAUGCUGAACGGUUAACAAAAGAACAGGAAGUUUUGGCCAAAAUGGAACCACUGUUGGGUCAGGCCAACUUCAACAAGUUGUCAGAAGAAGCAUUGGCUUAUGCACUAAUGGUCAAUCACCCUCACGAUGAAGUCCAGGUGACAGUGAAUUUGGAUCAGUAUGAAUACAUAACAUUCUGGGCUCUUGGCCAACGGAUAGGACCUCUGCGAGUGAUGACUGCCACUCGAGCCCAGAGGAGGGGCUUCUUCGGCACUGCUUGGAUUCCUGCAGACAGGCAUUACUUCAAACGAGUUAUCGUGGCUGCCCGAACUAAGAAUGCCCAUCUGGUGCUGAAAUGCUUCAAGGACAUCCCUCUGGAAGGUCUGGAGCAGCUGCUGCCAUCUAUCAAAGUCCGCACCUCCAUCUUCUACAGAGCUCUCCUCAAUACCAUGCUGAUUGUGAGCGGCUUGGCCCUCUUUGUCAACGUGGGCAUGGUGGUGCUCUCAGACCUCAAGAUAGGCACCACCACCCUGCUCUUCUUUUUUGCUGCCUUAAUGGCCUUCCGGGCCUGGAAGGUCUUUGGCCAGCGGCGGAACAUCCACUCUCUUGAGCUGGUGCACAUGCUGUACUACCGCAGCACCUCCAACAACUCAGAGCUUUUGGAUGCCCUCACUCUGCGGGCCCAGGAGGAGCACGCCAAGGAAGUCAUCUUGGCACACAGUUUCCUCCUCCGGUGCCAUCGCCAGCACCAGCACCCCUUGCCACAGGAAACAGGUGUUGAAGCAGACCCAAAGCCUAUUGAACAUCUGAGGGAACAGGUGGAAGCUUGGCUGCGCCUGCGCUCUGGGCUGGAAAUAAACUUCUGUGCCGAACGUGCCUGCAAGCAUCUCAAGGAAUUGGGAGUUAGGGGAGCAGCCCAUCCUGUCGUUGGAUAAGAGCUUCCUAGGAUUGUUUUAGUUGGUGCUUGGGGCUCUACAUUAGCCGUAUCCCCACUGUCAAGCCCGUGGUCUUGAGCAUGCCAAGUUUUGAAAGCAAGAGGGUGGAAACACUUAUUUUUCCAAAGUAUGAAGAGAACAGUGCCCUGUGGUGUAAUUACUUGGAAGUGAUUGGAUUUCAGCUACUGAGAUGGGCUUCCUUCGACACCAGAUCUUCUUCCAGAUAUCCUGCUGGAAAUGUGACAUCAACAUGUGCAUGCCAUGAAAAUACUAUUUGGGGUACAACAUUAGACCUCAUUAUACAAAGCCAUCAUGCACCUCAGAUUCUCCUCUCUGCGGAGAGGGGUUUCUUGCUCUUAAAAUAUCCCAGCACUUUUUAUUAUACAUGCUGCCUUUUUUUUCUUUUGAGCUGUUUAUUUUUCUUUCCCCAAGGAACAAGUGGAAGCACUUUACAUUUGAAAUGAGCACUGUGCAAAGCAGUGAGUCUCUUUUGCAUUUAGGGCGAGAUGGGUUUUUAAUAUCAUGUGCUAUCCUGCUGGGGGCAUUUCUGAAAAAUACAUUAAAUCACUUCUGUAGCACUUUGAAUUGCAUAGUACACACUUAAUGUCAAGCUUGGAAGUCAUAUUGCAUGCUAGGCUUCCUCUUUUUAAUUUUUUUUUUUCCUGCUGGUUUUACAGAGAUUGCAGAGGCUGAUACUUCCUACACUGUAUGGUCUUGAAGGACAUAGUAAGUUCAGGCAGUGUGUAGGGAAAGAUACACUGCAGCAGGCAAGUCUUGAGUUACUGGAAGAAUGGGUCCCCAUUCCCUUCGAUCCAGUAACUGUGUACACUAAAGCACACUAUUUGGCGGGUGGGGGGCUCCUCAAAUUUGGCUAAGGAAUUUUCAGUUACAGGGGCAGUGAGUGCACUGCUGGAAGACUGGGUCAGAAGAGAUUGUCAUGGGGAAAAUCCUACCUAUACGGUCACUAAGAGCUGACAACAACUUGGUGGCACAUUAUCAGAUCAAAGGAAUUAUUGCGUGCAAGAAUGGGGAUGAUUUCGCUGCAUGUGAACAUGUGAACCUGAUCUUAUUCUGCCCUCAUGGUGACUCUUUAUACAACUGACUUCUGUCUAUAUGGAUCAGUAGCUUAUGUAUGUUCAGUGCACAUAUGUGUACACUUGGAGAAAUUAAUUCUUUGUUCUAAAGAAUGUUCUUGGAACAGGUGUAGAAUUGUUCACUGCUCGCUGUAAGACAUGAGGCCUCUCCCACUUCCCUUUCCCACCUCCCUUUGUCUCAAGAGAGCCUCUAUAUUCCUUGCAGAAUUGCCGCAGAGAAGCAUAUGUCAGAUUUGUAUUCUGUCCACACAGUGAGAUUAUGACAGCAGCAGCAGCAGCAACCCAGAAUUCUCUAGUUUCUGUUGAAAGCUCAAUCAUAGACAUUUUUGGCAUAAAGUUGAGGCAGGCAAGUGCUGUUUAACUGCACUCAUCUGGUCUUAAGAGAGCCAAAGGUAAACACACAGUAGUAUGAUUUAGUUGAGAACAUUUCUACACCGUUCAUUUUGGAUCCUUCAAGUAGACCAGUGCUGCUCUCUACAGUUAAUCUGUUCCAAGAUGCUGACUGAGUUGGCUUGAUGCUGAUACCUAUCUGGAUGGUGGUAGGAGAUGAGCCCCCAGAACAGGUGGCUUUGGUCUAGCUUUAAGCCUAAGCAUA